AUGGCAACAAAUUUGAAUGUCGAUCCAUGGGCAAAGCCGAGGUAUCAACUAUGGACUGUAAGCAGUGAGCAACCAAAAAACACACCGAUUGUAGAGUAUGGCAAAGGAAACGACAAGAAGUUCACCAUUAGAGUUGUCCAUGGCGGAUAUUUUACUGAUUAUCCAGGUAAAGCUUAUGAAAAAACAAAAGUUCACUUUAUUACUUUUGUCAACAUCGAUUUGCUUGACAUGGAUUUGCUUGGUAGUUUUUCUAAAAGUUUGGGUUAUACAACUAUGGGAUACUGGUAUCAUAUGCCAAUUGAACAACAUUCUGGUUUGUCAAUGACUCCAAUUUUGGAUGAUGGUGCUUUGGGAAAUUUCAAAGCAAUGGUUAGGGCACAUCAAUUCCGUGAGAUUGAACAUCUCCAAAAGAGUUGA